CACAGCUCCUGUCAUGGAGGGUAACUGUCCUAGAGGGGUCACCAAGGCAGGGUCUUGGGGCCUGGGUGCCUCCAAGCCAUAAUGUUGGGGGAACUAAUGCUUCUUUUUAGGAAUCUCCAUGGGACACUUGCUUCCUCGGGCACCAUAGGAGCAUUGGUGGCUUGGCUGAUCAGCUAUAAGCCAGCCUUGUUUGGGUUCCUAUUCCUUCUGCUGUUGCUUAGCAACUGGUUGGUCAAGCAUGAAGUCCAGCCCACCCCCCUAGAGCCCCAGCAGGAAGAGGCAGAGAAACCUAAGCCACCUGAAGCGAAACCCAACAGCUGCGUCAUGAACACAAAAGAAGUCGAGAGACUACAUGCCUGCUUUGCCCUCCAGGACAAGGUCCUUGAACGGCUUAUGUUCAGCGAAAUGAAGCUGAAGGUCUUAGAAAAUCAGAUGUUCGCUGUAUGGAAUAGAAUGAAUCGCCACAGGAGGUCAAGCCGGCAGCGGACUUUUCCCAUGAGGAAACACAGACUGAGGAGGCACGACUCAAUUUUCUCCAUCAUCUCUGAUUGUACUUCGAAUUCCCCUUAAUGAGGUCAGGGAGACUGGGGUGGGCUGGCCUCUUCUGAUGUUACCCUUACUCAGUAAAACCCAGUCAGAGACUAGUGAAUUUUCUCAGUAAACCACACUGGAGAGCAUACUUCGAGGCUGAAAGGCUGAUCACUUUUGGAAAAGAAAUCAGUAUUCACUAGGUCAGCCAGACAGCAUUCUAAGAUACAACCUGACAGGCCUCCAGAACCCAGCUCUUCCUCUCAGUUGGGCCACCUUAACCCUAGUUCAGGGCCCUCUACCUGUUCACCUUGAGUCUUACAAUGGCUGCCCCCGCCCCCAGUUUUCCCCUUCCCUUUUGCUCAGAGGCCAGAGCCAAGGCCUGCCAAGCAUAGCUCUGGGCAAGUUCACUGCCUAUUUUUGAGCCUAUGCCUUGCUUUGGUUGACAGAAUAAAAGCCACACUCCUUGCCAUGCUGUUCAGGUCCUCCAUGAUCUGACCCCCUUUCCAGGCUUCCCCUACCCCUUACUCUCCCUCACAUGCUUUAUACCUUGUGCCAGAGUACCCUAAACAUCAGUCAUUGGGGUACCCCCUUUGUGAUUUUUGCCAGAGCCAUGAACCGCCUGAAUGUUUAACCUAAUACUGUCCCUUUAAAGGGUUUU